CAUGUGUUUCAGGUGGCUGAAGCACUUCUAAAUCCUCUCGGUGAAGACGAUGAUGAUCUCGAGUGCAAUUACGUCAUCGAUAAAAAUCUUAUCACUGGGUAUUCGAUGGUAGAGGAGAACUUGGCAAAGAUCCCUACGCAGAAAAAAGACGAUUUCUGGGGAAUCGACAAAAUCGCUCCCCUAUACAGUAUCGAGUCCGCAGAGCGAUCGGUGCAUCCAUUGGUCGGCAGUGCGAGUAAAAUCAAGUAA